GUGUGUGUGUGUGUGUGUGUGUGUGUGUGUGUGUGUGGUGUGUUCAAGCUGACUCUUUCAGUGGACAAAAAAAGGAUCAUGUCAGUCUGACCUAAAGCAUGACCAUGCUACCUGCCCACCUGACCUGCCGGUUAACUCUGAAUGCCCUGAGGAGGACGACUCACCUCGGAGCUGGUCUUCCAAGCUGCUUCAUGCACGCGGAUGGAGGGAGGACGAGAGGUGAUCGCCGCGAUGUUUCCACCCUGACGACAAGGGUGUUUCCAAAGCGGCGUGCAAUCUGCCCGAUGCACAGACCGUACGACACACAGCGGUAUGGGAGGAGGUCAUUUAGUUUAUCAGCCGCUACAAUUGUGAACUCAGCGCCAGCACUUGUUCGACCAUACCUUCGACUGAUGAGGCUGGACAAACCUAUUGGGACAUGGCUGCUGUACCUUCCGUGUACUUGGAGCAUCGCUUUGGCUGCGGACCCUGGCUGCCUCCCACAUCUGGGAAUACUCACCUUGUUCGGCACAGGCGCUCUGCUGAUGAGAGGAGCAGGCUGCACCAUCAAUGACAUGUGGGAUAAAGACUUUGACCGAAAGGUCGCCCGGACGGCUACUCGGCCGAUUGCCUCAGGGGAGAUUUCUCGCAUGCAGGCGCUCGUCUUUCUUGGAGGGCAGCUCUCACUGGCUCUCGGCGUGCUCUUGUGUCUGAACUAUUACAGCAUAGCUUUGGGUGCUGCUUCACUAUCUCUUGUCUUCACCUACCCUCUGAUGAAGAGAAUCACUUACUGGCCGCAGUUAGUGUUGGGUCUCACCUUUAACUGGGGAGCGCUUCUCGGCUGGGCGGCUGUCAAGGGCUCCUGUGAUUGGUCGGUGUGCCUCCCUCUGUAUUUCUCAGGAGUGAUGUGGACGCUGAUAUAUGACACAAUAUAUGCACAUCAGGAUAAGGAAGAUGAUGUUAAGGUAGGAGUCAAAUCUACUGCUCUGAGGUUCCAGGAGCAGACGAAAACUUGGCUCGGUGGUUUUACAGUCGCCAUGAUGUCAGGACUUGUUGCUGCUGGGGUCAACGCCGAACAGACUCUUCCUUACUAUGCUGUGUUGUCUGCUGUGGCCAUUCACCUUACACAUCAGAUUUACACAUUGGACAUUAACAAACCAGAAGACUGCUGGAAGAAGUUUGUCUCAAACAGAAACCUUGGACUGUUGCUAUUUUUAGGAAUAGUUGCUGGCAAUUUAUGGAAAGAAAGACAAGAGACUUUGCUGCAAGACGAGGAAGCACCCAGAUAAGUGAGAUGAUCAGCAUAAAUGUCAUUUCAUAUCACUGGAACGCUCUACCAACAUUGCACUGUCACUAUUGAGAUUCUUCUGAGUUCUUAAAGAUUUCAUGUGGGAGCAAAACGAAGACUGUAAAAUUCAUGAUUUUAACCCACAAAGGACAGUAUUUGAUACAUGUCUUUUAUCACUUUACAUCAUCUACUGUUGUUGGAUAGUAUAUAAAUUAAUGUGAAAAAUAAAAUACAUUUUAUGUGUUAUUUAAA